AUGAAACAGAUUGGAAAAUCCAUGAAUUUGAGGUACUGCUGGCAGUCUUCACCAUCCGAUUUCGACUGUUUACCGCAGUCAAACUGUUCUACCACAAGCUCUCAGCUUGUACUGACCGAGUGCACGGUACAUCCAAACGUCAUUUGCAAAGGUCGUCGGACUUUCAACAGACGUGUUAGAUGUAAUUGGUCGUCUGGGAUCAGUUGGGCGAAGGCGAUGUUUUUGUCAGUAACAUUAGGAGGAUUUGGAGCCGACCGAUUCUAUCUCGGUCUAUGGAAGUCGGCCAUUGGCAAAUUAUUCAGUUUUGGAGGUCUCGGUAUUUGGACCAUCGUUGAUGUAGUAUUAAUAGCAACAGGAUAUAUUCGUCCGGCAGAUGGAUCACUUUAUAUUUAA